AUGGAGUUUCCAAAUAUGACGUCACAUUUGUUGAACAGGCCUUCUAUGACUAUUGAUGAGCAAAAGAUGUUUGGGAGGUUCAGACUAAUGAAUCCUCCUACUUAUACUGGUGACUUAGCUGAGGAUGCAUAUGAGUUUAUAGUUAGUUGUCAUGAGAGGUUGCAUAAUCUUGGAUUAGUGGAGUCUCAUGGAGUUGACUACACAGCGUUUCAGAUGACUGGCUCUGCUAAGCAGUGGUGGAGGGAUUAUAUUAGUAGUAGGCCAGCUGGAUCUCAUCCACUAUCCUGGACUGAGUUUACUCAGGUAUUUCUAUCCAAAUUUGUUCCACGCAGUGAGAGGGAGCGCAAGAGGGCCGAGUUUGAGGGUUUGCAGCAAAAUGGUAUGUCAGUUGCAGAGUAUGAGGGUAAAUUUCAUGCCUUGGCUAGGCAUGCUUCGAUGAUACUUCCCACAGAGGCUGAGAGAGUGAGGAGGUUUGUUAAGGGGCUGAUUAUUCCAAUUCGUCUAGGAGUUUCUCAGGUUGCUGCUUCUGGUGUUCCAUUCCAGAAAGUGGUAGAUGCUGCUAAGGAGUUGGAGAUGAUUCGACGUGAGGGAUUUGAGCAGCGAGAGGGCAAGAGGACUCGUUAUUCAGGUGAUUAUGGUGGUGCUCCGCCUAGGAGUCGGGGUUACUUGGGCAGAGGUUAUCACCCUCAGUCCAGCAGACCCAUUCAUGCUGCUAUACCAGCGUCUGAGGCUGGUUACGCUGGGCAUAACUCUUCGAGCUCGGUACAUACUUCGCAGGGUUCAUCUUCUAGACCUGUAGUUCGUGGAGGGCAUUCUGGUCAUUCAGGUUCCUCUCAUCAGCCUGCGUCUCGUAGGGGUUGCUUUGAGUGUGGUGAUAUGGGACACUUUGUGAGAGACUGCCCUAGGACCAGACGUGGUGGCUUACAUCAGGGUUCUCAGGCUUCGACUUCCAGGGCUGCACAACCUCCAGCUAGGGGUGGUGCACAGAAUGGUAGAGGUGGUUCUCAUUCAGGUAGAGGUGGUUCUCCUUCUGGUCGAGGUGGUGGUCGUGGAGGUUCACAAUCUGAUGGAGGUCGUUCUCACUGUUAUGCUUUUCCAGGUAGGCCAGAGGCUGAAGCCUCAGAUGCUGUUAUCACAGGUAUUAUUCCGGUUUGUCAUCGACCAGCUACUGUAUUAUUUGAUCCAGGCUCUACUUAUUCUUAUGUGUCCACAUAUUUUGCUCCUAGUCUGGAUAUAUUGUGUGAGUCUCUUGAUUUGCCGAUACGUGUUUCUACUCCUGUCGGGGAUUCUGUAGUUGUAGAUCAAGUGUAUCGUUUAUGUACUGUUACUUUGAUGGGGUAUGACACUCAUGCAGAUUUAAAGGUCUUAGAUAUGAUAGAUUUUGAUGUGAUUCUUGGUAUGGAUUGGUUAUCUUCUUACCACGCAAUUUUAAAUUGUCAUGCCAAGACCAUCACUUUAGCUAUGCCUGGAAUUCCUAUAGUAGAAUGGAGAGGUACUCUUAGUCAUCCUUCUAAGGGUGUGAUAUCAUUCCUUAAGGCUCGUCAGUUGGUACAGAGAGGAUGUUUGGCGUACUUGGCCCACAUUCGAGAUACUAGUAUUGAGACUCCUAUGCUUGAGUCUAUUCCAGUAGUGAGUGAAUUUUCAGAAGUAUUUCCGACCGAUUUGCCAGGUCUUCCACCAGAUCGAGAUAUUGAUUUUUGUAUUGAUGUGGAGCCAGGCACUCGGCCUAUUUCCAUUCCUCCUUAUCGUAUGGCACCAGCUGAAUUGAAAGAGUUGAAGGAGCAGCUGCAGGAUUUGUUGAGCAAAGGUUUUAUUAGACCAAGUGUAUCUCCUUGGGGUGCUCCAGUGUUAUUUGUGAAGAAGAAAGAUGGAUCUAUGCGUAUGUGUAUUGACUAUCGGCAGUUGAACAAGGUAACCAUCAGAAAUAAGUAUCCGAUACCUCGUAUUGAUGAUUUAUUUGAUCAGUUGCAGGGUGCUUCAGUUUUCUCCAAAAUUGACUUGAGAUCUGGCUAUCAUCAGCUGAAGGUUAGGGCGGAGGAUAUCCCUAAGACGGCUUUUCGAACACGUUAUGGUCAUUACGAGUUUUUGGUGAUGUCUUUCGGACUGACUAAUGCCGCAGCAGCUUUUAUGGACUUGAUGAAUGGAGUGUGCAGACGAUUUACCAUUGGCAACUUCUUGCCUAGAUGCUCGGAGAAGCCAAAGACAAGGAACCACUAUCGCAAUAAAAAUAGAAGCAACAAUGGUUGUCGCGGAAGCAGCAAAGGUGGUAGCGGCGGUGGGGGUAAGGCUGGAGGUGGUGGUCAGAUGGGAGGCAGCAACAACCAUAGUGGCGGAAAACAACUAGCAGUUCAGCAUCCGCCAACCAAUUCUCCAUGA